AUGUUUCAGCGCCUUAAGGGCGCCAUAGACAGAGGAAUCGCCGAAGAACAGGCUCGUCAGCGCCAGGCCGCGACCAGCGCCCAGCCGGCAAGAACCCCCCAGAGACGACGACCGCAAGCCCAGAACGGCGUCUCUCAAAGAUCUGGCUCGAGACAAAGGACCUCUAUCGAUGCCCCUAUCGAAAAGGGCCCAGACCCUUCGCAAUUCGAAGCCGACUUCGCGAUUGGAGAUGACGAGAGUACGGAGCCUCCUAGUAGGGUAGAUACCCCGAAGGCGGAGGCCAGGAAAGAGGAGGUCCAACAAACAGAGGGAGGCGCAGAGCCAGCGACGCCUGACGAUGGACAGCAGGAAAAGAAACAGACUGGAGAGCUGGCGACCCAGAAGAGUGAGCGACCGCAACCAGAUUCGAAUGGCAGCAUACCCAGCCCCUUGCGUCCUCACGAACUUCCCACUGAGGUCCGUGUCAAGCUGCGGAAGCUGGAUCGCAUGGAGUCAAAGUACGCAGAGUUGUUGAAAGCUUAUAAGAUUGCGCACUCAAGGAUUCAAGCGGUCGACUCUUUCGAAUCCUCUUUACGAGAGAAUACACCUCUGACGAGUAUCAACGAUCCAGACGCGCUGGUGGAAUAUCUGAACCAGAUCAACCUUAAAAGUGACAUGGUUCUGGACGAGUUGAAAAGGGUCACCACGGACAGAGACGAAUAUAAGAAGAAGUUCCAUGCCGCAGAAGAGGAGACCGCCAAGUUGCGUACAGAGAUCACCGAAUUGAAGACCAACACCGCUGCCGAGUCACACAAACAAGAGGAUUCCAAAGAGUCGGAGAAGCCGGUAUCAAAUGUGACCCUCGCGACCGGUGAUGCUGUAUCAUCCUCAAAAGCAAACACAGACUUGGAUCCCGACGCAAAAUCACCUGGAUCAUCUUCAUCCAGGAUUGCAAGCUUCUCUCUCUUCUCACCACGCUCCAAAGCUGCAUCGCCACCGGCGAGAGAUACGUCGGAAGACAUAUUUUCGUACGAGUCGGAGCACUUCAAAUUAGAGUCUGAGUUGCAAGAGCGCCAUGGCGAGGUAGAAGAUCUUCAAAAGCAAGUUAGCAACCUGCGGAACGAUUUGAAAGUUGCACGUGAAUCAACCGAAAGCAUGGUGCAAAGUCUGGAAACCGCCACCAGAGAAUUGCACUCUCUCAGGGAAGCGAAAGACAAGUUUGAUGAGACCAAAUCUAAAUUGCAGAAGAAGCUUGAAGAACUCGAGUCUAAGGCCACAUCUGAAGCCGGCACAACAGAAAAUCUUCAGAACGAGAUCAACGAACUUCAGGCUCAGAGGACUGAAGCGUCCAAGCGGAUCGAACUACUUGAAGCUCAGAUUGGCGACCUAGAAGCAAGAAAUACGACGCUCAAAGAACAGAUCGAAUCGAGCAAGACGGACGUCAACUCCUUGAACGAGAAGCUGGCACAAAAGGAUGCUGUCGUGAAGGACCUUGAAGACGCUUUAGCAGCUCAUAAGUCAGCAGAACGGCAAGAAGCAUCGCAACAGAAGAACGACAAAACAACUGAGAAGAAACUAGCCACCAUGCAGGGUAUAAUGGAAUCACUGCGAAGUCAGUUGGGCAGUGCCGAGACUACGAUCACUGAAAUGAAGUCCGAGCUUCAGAAGAAUCAAGAAGAGUUCUCCAAACGACCUUCGACCAAAGUGUUUGGUUUCCUAGAUGACAGUCAAAACUCGAAGUUGGAUACGCUGCAUACACGAGAAGAUGUGGUUAACUAUCUCGCCGAAAAUUUCGGCCUUCAUAAGUCUCCUUCCAAAACGCUUCCUCCAGAGGUGGCUGUGCCCUCGCCUGCUCCUUCGGAACCAGCAACAAGUGCAUCGAAGAAGAAGAACAAGAAAAAGAAGAAGGGCAAAGGCCAAGCAGCAGUAGGCGAAGACGCGGAGCCUGAUGUACCUGUGAAGGUCUCAGAGAAUCUGGCAGAGGUGGAGGAUAACACUGUUGAAAGCCGCAGCGUGCCGCAAGUUGAUAUCUCUAGGCUCGAAGAAGAGAUUACGGCUUUGAAGGGCGAGCUGUCUGUGAAAACGCAAACCAUAGAGCGCCUUUCCAAGCAGUUGAAAGAUCAAGAAGCUCUACAAGAAGAAAUCGAAACCUUGCGCGAUGACCUGCUGCAUCAAGGGGAAGAGCACGUUGAGGCUCGCGAUUCCUUGAAAGAAGCGCAAAAACAGAAGCAAGAGCUUCAAGAAGCUAUGGACAAGCUUGAAAAGGAACUCCUGGAGGCUCGUAAAGCGGCCUCACGUGGUGUGGACUCAGAGAAGGCACACAAGGAAGUUGCACAGCAGUUUGAUGAGCUGAAGGAUCGAUGUUCGAAUUUGGAAAAGGACCUUGCCGCCUCUGAACAGCUUGCAGCGGCUAGAUUCAAAGACAUAAGCGAUCUCAAAGAACUGCUUGCCAAGGCACAGCCGGAGUUGCGGAGUCUCAGAACCGAAGUAGCUGAACUGCGAUCAGCCAAAGACGAUCUCAAGAACAAGACUGGCGAACUCAAGAGGCUUGAAGCCCGCCAUGAAGAUAUCAAGGCUGAGCUUAAAGGCCUCAGCAAGAGGCUUGGCGAUAAAGACUCCGAGAUCAAGGAACUGCAACGAAAAGUCGAACAGGAGACGAAUGGCAGGAUCAAGCUUGAGAAGGAGAUGGAAAAGACAGAGGCAGAUCUUCGUUCGGCCGAGUAUAAACGCCAAGAAGCAGCGACUUUGUCUGAUGGCUUGAACAAAGACUUGAGCAAAGCAAAGGAGGAAUCCACAUCUCUCAGAGCGAAGCUCCGCGAUCUAGAAGAACAAUUAUCAACCCAGAGCCGGGAGGCGACAGGACUGAAGGAAGAGCUCUCUCUGAAAACAGCUCUACACUCCUCUGCACAGUCUCUUGUCCAGUCACUGCGAGACCAAACGCAUGAGCUGAACAUGCAGGCACGUGAGGCUGCUACGCGGGCAGAUAACUUGGAGGAGGAGCUCGCAGAGGCGCAGCGGAUGCUGUCAGAGCGCACGAGAGAGGGUCAAACCAUGCGUAUGCUCCUAGACCAAGCAGAAAGCGGCACCGAGUCCAGAAUUCGCGAGAUGAAGGAACGCAUGGACGCGGCCAUUGAAGAACGGGACCGUGUUGAAGACGAGGCGAGCGUCAGCAGUCGACGCAUGAUGCGCGAGGUCGAAGACGCUCGAAGCAAAGUCCGCGAUGCUCAGCGAGCCCUAAAAGUGCUGGAGAACGAGAAAGAAGAGCUCGAAGUCCGCCAGCGGGAGUGGAAGAGGAGAACAGACGAGCUUGAACAAACUUCCAGUCGUGCAUCCAAGGAGGUCGAAGAAGUCCGAAGUGCUAUGACUGGUCUGCGUGAAGCCCUGGACGAGAGCGAGAGGCAGGUCCGUGAGCUCGACAGGCAAAGGUUCGACCUCCGCAAAUCGGUCGACGAAUUCCGGGAGCGCGUCGAGAAGCUCACGAAGGCCAACAAGAAUCUCACCGAAGAGCUCAAGGUGGCACAACAACCUGGGCCAAAGGGCCUUCGAGCCUCCAAUCGCGCUGGGACAGGCCUCGAAUCAGGGGCCCAGAGCUCCAGAACCUCGAUCGAUUCUUCGAGCGCGAGAUCGCCGGCUCCCAAGGAGAGAAUUCUCUCCAGGAGCACGAGUCGAAGCGAAACACCAAGUGGUGGCGUUGGUGUUGGCGGUGGUGGAAUGAGCCAGGGAACCGUGGAUUAUGUGUAUUUGAAGAAUGUACUAUUACAGUUUUUGGAGCAAAAGGACAAGGGCCAUCAGCGACAAUUGAUUCCAGUUUUGGGCAUGUUGUUGCAUUUUGACCGGUAA